UGUCAGCAGCGGGGAGCUUGAAGAGCAGUGUGCAAUGGCCGUAACUGAUCUGCCUGAAGAUGUGAUGGUGAAUAUUCUGAGUUGGCUACCCGUGAAAUCACUGAUCCGAUUCACCUCCGUUUCGAAGCGAUGGCGUCAUAUUGUCCGGCAUCGCAAUUCAACGCAGCUCGUCAGCGGGAAACCCUCGGUCGCCGACUCAUAUUCUCCGAUGCCCCUCAACUCGAAUCCCUAGACUUGGCUGAUACUGCGUCGUUUGGACACCCUUCUGAGUCUCCCUUUCGAGUCACGGGGAGACAGUGAAGUCAUUCUAAUGGGCUCCUGCAAUGGUUUGGUGUUUGUAAGCUUUGCUACUUGCCACUUUUACAUCUGGAACCCAGCAAUCCGGUUUUGCACGGAGUUGCCUGAGCCAGGCUCGAUUUUCAUGGUGCUGGCUAUUUGUCUGCCUCGGACGACUACAGAGUUCUCGCAGCCACAUAUGUCGUUCUAGAUACUAACAUUAAGAUGUUCUCCUCCAGAGCUCAGGUUUGGAAAACAAUCGAAAACCCUUUUCCUGUCCAAUACCCUUUUCAUCAACCAAUCUUAUGUCAUCGGGGUAGGGGUACUCUUUUGAACGAGGCACUUUUUACUGGGUCGAAAAAGCCAAGUGAGUUAUUGAUGUUCUGCGGGAACAAAAGCCAAGUUAUAUAUGUGUCAACUUUUUACUUGGAUCCUCUGGUCAUAUAUCAUAUUGCUCUUAUUUGAUACAUGUCAU